AUGAAGUCUGUGAUCUCGACUCUCCUGUCGAUUCUGGUGGCCUGUUUGCUCCUUCCACCCGGACAACAGAGACAUAACCCCCAGCCCCUUGCUACAGUCGCAAAUGGAACGCUGGUCGGAGUGCACAAUGCAGACUAUAACCAGGACUUCUUUCUUGGUAUCCCGUACGCACAACCUCCUAUCGGUCCGCUCCGAUACAAUCAUCCCAGACCGAUCAAUGAAUCCUGGCGUUCACCACGACCCGUCACUGUUUAUGGCUUCUGGUGCCAUUCCGCGCCUCUCUCCCUUCCUGGAUUUACUCAACAUGGAUUCCCACACGACGAGAACGAGGACUGCCUCACUCUGAAUGUGGUGCGACCGUCUGGGGUGGAUUCCUCCUCCCGACUUCCAGUACUAGUGUACAUCCACGGCGGGGGCUUACAAGAAGGAGGCAGCGCAGACCAGCGAUACAAUAUGUCCUUUCUGAUCCAGGAAUCGACGAACAUGGGUCUAACUACGAUCGGGGUUAGUUUGAACUAUCGACUCUCGGGGUUUGGGUUCCUGUCUGGUCGCGCCGUCAAUGAAUCCGGCGUCGCGAACCUGGGCCUGUAUGACCAGCGAUUGGCACUCCGCUGGAUCCACGAAAACAUCGCUGCGUUUGGCGGUGAUCCAUCGCGGGUCACGAUCCAGGGAGAAUCCUCUGGAGCGCUUUCCGUGGGAUAUCACCUCCUUGCGUAUGACGGACGAGACGACGCACUCUUUCAAGCUGCAAUCGCCCAAAGCGGUGGGCCUCUUAGCUCGGCUCGACUGGCGCCGCUGCAUGAGCAGGAGGACAUGUAUCAGGGUGUCCUCAAUGCCACUGGCUGUGCAGAUGCAGACAAUACUCUGGAAUGCCUGCGGUAUGCACCAGUGGGUUUGCUAAAGUCGUCCUUUCAGCAGAAGUUCUUCUUCCCGGUGAUUGACGGUGGGUUAGUCGCCGGGUAUCCUUCGAUUGCACUGCAAGAAGGGAGGUUCACCAAGGUGCCUUUAAUUAUAGGGACAAAUACUAAUGAAGGAGCGGGCUAUAUUGCUGUGGGAUCCUUCGGCGCUAUCAACACCUCUGCGGACUUCAGGUCCGUUAUUACUGGGUUUGGACCAGGGAAAUACGUUUCCAAUAUUACUAUUAGUAACCUCCUUGACGAGUACCUGACGAAGGUGUCUAUAGAAGAGGUUCAGGCCAACCUCGGAACUGUACGUGUUUCUCCGGGGCCAACUUAUGGGACUCUAUACGGACAGAGUACGCUAUACAUUGGGGAUUAUCUCUACAAUGCACCGAAACGAUACAGUGCGCGCAUGUGGGCACAGCAAAGGGUACCGGUGUAUAGCUAUCGCUUCGAUGUCGUGCCCAAUGGUAUCUCACCUGAAGUCCUGGGUGUUGCCCACUUUCAGGAUGUCGCUUUCGCAUUUAUGAACCUGGGUGGUGUGGGAUAUAACACAAACCCUCUAUCUUCGGCAGAUAAGAGACUCGAAGCACAAUAUCGCGAGGUCAGUCGACUGAUGGGACGCAUGUGGCUCAGCUUUGCAAACACGCAGUCGCCCAAUCAUCAUCAGGACGACCGUUUCGACGUUCUCUGGCCUGUAUACGAAACCCAGUCAGCGGUAAAUCUUGUCUUCCACCUUCGGAAUACCUCCUUCGAGCCCGACACUUGGCGACUGGGGCCGCUCCAACGGAUUAUCGAUGCAUUUGGAGAAUACCGAUUCUAG